AUGAUUUAUUCCACGCCACGAGCCAAUUUGCGGGACAAAGCUCCGUAUGUAAAAAAUGGUCCCAAGCAGAUCUGGAAGCCACGCAUCGUCAAUUGGAUCUGCAUCAUUUCCUUCCUCCUCGGCUGCUCAUUGGCGUAUCAGGGGUUCUUCGCAGAGGAUAUUUACUACAUUGACGCCGAGGGAUAUCCGAAGCAGACACCGACCGUCGCAAAGCAAAUCGUCUUCUCCAACAAGCUACUCAACAUUUCGGCUCAGGUGUACCCGCUUACCUCACUACUUAUAAUCCUACUUACGUUCUGUCGCCUAGCCUACUAUCGGCUGAAGGGGAAACGCUUAUCGGACGACAAAAGGACUGAAAUCAAGUUGUUCUUGGUUUGCGUUGCUAGUCUCGUGAUACAGUUGGCGCUGAUGGCAUUUGUGCUCUGGGUAUCGCUUCUGAAGUUGACGUCUACACUACAGGGGAUCGUGUUGAACGUCGUCUCCGAUUUCUCCACCCUCGGCGAGGCGUACAUCGGGCUGAUCUUCAACGCGCAGCUCCGGAAGCGCUUCUACUCGGUGUAUUUUGAGCGCUGCUUCGCGCGUGUCAUACGCCCGAAGGUGGCCGGUGAGAUCAACGAGAUUUCGCUGCGCACGACGCGGAGCCAAUCGAAUCAUAGA